AUGCAAUACAUCCUACUUUGUGCUGUCAUCCUCCUACCCAAGAGUCUUGCUUUUCCAGUACAAUUUACUUCAGAAUCAUGGAGCAACAAAGCCAUUGAGAAUAUAAAGGCAUACCUUGAUAAAUUCUUUCCACAUCUUACAAAAACACAGAGCCUAAGCUUAGAAGAGAGGAUUAAAGAAAUGCAGAGGUUUUUCCACCUGACAGUAACUGGAAAAUUAAAUACAGAAACAGAAGAAAUAAUGAAUCGGCCCAGAUGUGGAAUCCCCGAUGUAGCAGAUUACAAAACAUUUCCUGGAAGUCCAACAUGGAAAAAGACACAUUUGACUUACAAGAUUGUCAAUUAUACACCUGACCUACCCCAAAAGAAAGUGGAGAAUGCAAUCAAAAGGGCUCUUGCGGUAUGGAGUGACGUGACUCCACUGCAGUUCCAAAGAGUAUACAAUAAACCUGCAGACAUUGUGAUUAGAUUUGCACGUCGCGAGCAUGGUGAUGGAUAUCCUUUUGAUGGGAGAGGUAACACACUAGCUCACGCAUUUGCACCUGGAGAAGGGAUUGGUGGAGAUGCUCAUUUUGAUGAUGAUGAAAAGUGGUCAGACACCAAUAGAGAAGUUAACUUGUUCCUUGUUGCUGCUCAUGAAUUUGGCCAUUCCUUGGGACUUGCUCAUUCAAAUGUCCGUGAAGCGCUGAUGUACCCUAUCUACUCAUAUACGAACCCAGCAACCUUCAGACUUCCAAGGGAUGAUAAGCGAGGCAUUCAGAAGUUAUAUG